UUCCCACCCCACAACCACAGUGCGCAUAGACGACCAUGGGGUAAGUGGCUUUUUGGCUCCAAGGCCUUACUAGAUUCCCUACAUGAGACCUUUCCUCACCCUCGAACCCUGGGAUCUGGCUCUGGUGUGCCAGUUAUGCUUGGCUCGUGUGUGCGAUCGUCUGAUCUGGAGAUCGCUCUGCCACGGAGUCCACACACACAUGCACACACGCGCGCGAGCGCGCAAUCAUCUCGCAUAUGUCAAACAGCGUGUCAUGAUAAAUGCCAAUCAUCCGCCCCAUCCUUGACGAAGCAAGGAGAACUACAGGGCCAGGGAAGCCCGACCGGUGAGAGGAACUGCAUCGGCACCACCAGCCAGACUCUCGUAGCUUCCGGGCGGCCGUUACCAAACGGGGGGAAUAGUACGGUCUUGAUCCAAGACAGAAUGGCCCGACUCCCAGUGGUGUAUCCGUACCUAUAUCUCGUACAUCUCGUGCAUCGGUGUACCGACUCCAGGUAUCUAUCGACUGACCCGGAGCUCCAUCUCCAGCAACCAACGUCUCGACGGUAGUGUCAGAUGCUGCAAAAGAAACUGCCUAGCGCCCGAAGAGGUCAUCAACCCCGCUUACCGGCGAU